AUGGUGGCAACGAUUACUUUCAAACUCCGGUCAAGUAAUCACGUUGGCGUUAUUGACGUGCCCCAUAAAGUGAUUUCAUGUCGUGAGAUCAAGGAGGCAAUCGCAGAGAAGCUGAGUGGAUCAGCGGAGGAAAUAGACAUCUUCGUGUCCGGUACCUCGGAUUACCUGCAUCCCGAGGAGGAGCUUCCAGCGUACACCGUUGUGGAGGUGGUGCGGCACGUCGCCUCUGGCAGGCCACCGCCCAAACGUGAACGUGAUGGAGCGGCAGUGACACAAGCAGCAGCGACUUCUGCAAGGCAAUCUGGCCGCGCUAUGCAGAGAAUGGGUACUGGCGGCAAAGACGGGGCAGCACCGCUAACAGAGGAGGAGCGCCUUGCACAACUCAGUGAGGCGGUGGCUGCGGAAACGGGUAUUGACGAAGUGGGAAAUUGGCGCAUGCGGCAGAUGCGCGGCCGCCCUAUGGGGGGUCCUGGCGGGAGUCGUGAUGAUUCAUUCCGCCCGCCUCCGGCUGGCUAUAUCUGUCACAAUUGCGGCAAAAAAGGGCACCUUAUUCAGCACUGCCCAGCGGCAAAGGGGCCAAGGGGGCUGAAGGUGUUGUCCCUCCCGACAGGUAUUCCGGAGACCAUGUUAGUGGAGUGCACAAUGGAUGACCCGGCAGCGAAGUUUGUCACACGUGAUGGGCGCUUGGUGAAGCGGCGGCUUGACAAUGCGAGUUUUACGGGUGUCGUAACGACACCUGAUGGUUUGCAAGACGUGGCAAGAGAAUCAGUCACGACGAAAAGUGGUGGUGUGGAUGGUAUUGGUGGGGAGGCUGCGGAGAGCAGCAUGGGUUCCGCUGCGGAAGCCAAACUUUUCUGCGGAUGGGACAAGGUACUAGCGAAAAAUGCAAUGAAGACACCAUGCUGUGCGACGCUCCUCUGUGAGGGGUGCUUCAAUGAAAAGGUGGAGGAGAUGAUCAGUCGCGACGAUCCAAACGAGUCACCGUUAUUGUGCCCUGGUUGUGACAAGCCUCUUUCUGUGCCUGACGUUACUCCUGCUGUAGAGGAGCGGAAAGCCAUAGAGGCCCUUCAUUCUCGAAAGCGCGCACGAGAGUAA